AUGGAGGCAGGCUCGCUACAAUCCAUCCUUGCUACUCUGGCACAAUUUGGAACAUCCACUGUGCCGUAUCCUACCCAAAGCACGCCAAUCGCAAAUUUCGAGAACCAAUCUGCCCAUGUAUACCCAGAUCGUCCAAAUGAUGGCAGCACGACGCCUCCUGGCGAACCUCCUGGCGAACCUCCUGCAGCCGCGACAAGACUUGUUCCUCAACAGCAAAAUCAUCUCAGGUCUCAAACCAGUUCAGGCAAUGCAUCCCCAAAACCGAUGAUUGACCCAGCAAGCAUAACACAGUGGCAAGAAGCACUGCGCUGCGUGACUAAGAUUGCUGCCCAGAACGCCCAGUUCGCCGGGUGCAUCAAAAGGAUGAUGCAAGACCAGAAGACGCACGAAAUGCGCUGGUACACCGAAAGGCAGAAUCUCAAACAAAUCCAAUCCAAUCGCUGUGCGUCUGCAGCCAACGCGCAGAAGAUUUUGAGCUCGCUGCCUGCCUUCUGCUCCCCACCACUCAACGACAAGGAGCAUAAGCAGGUUGACAAGGCAGCGGAGCUGGCGGAGUUUGACCGCAAGUUGUAUGCGGCUCAGCAGGCCAUGGAGGCUGGCAUGACGACCGAAAUGAAGAGGCUAGGUGUUCCCUUCUUUGGCACGGAUCCCAGUCUCAUCCUGGAAGAUGGUAGAGAUUCACCCGUGGAGCCAUUGCCAGAGGGACAUCCCAAGUUCAGCCCAUUCGUCACAGAAACCCAGCUUUUGAUGUUGAGAAGGAAAAUGAUGGCGCAUCUGGAAGAUCUGUACCGGGAUUGA